AAACCUGAGAGGAAUCAUGCCCGAACCAGCCAAGUCUGCGCCCAAGAAGGGCUCCAAGAAAGCCGUGACCAAGACCGCCGGCAAAGGAGGCAAGAAGAAGAGAAAGACCAGGAAGGAGAGCUACGCCAUCUACGUGUACAAGGUGCUGAAGCAGGUCCACCCCGACACCGGCAUCUCCUCCAAGGCCAUGAGCAUCAUGAACUCGUUCGUCAACGACAUCUUCGAGCGCAUCGCCUCCGAGGCGUCUCGUCUGGCUCACUACAACAAGCGCUCCACCAUCACCUCCAGGGAGAUCCAGACCGCCGUGCGCCUCCUGCUGCCCGGGGAGCUGGCCAAGCACGCCGUGUCCGAGGGCACCAAGGCCGUCACCAAAUACACCAGCUCCAAGUAAACGGACCCAUGUGAUCCACACAAACCAACGGCUCUUUUCAGAGCCACACACCUGAUCUGAAGAGCUCAAAAUUCCUCUUUCUCUUUAGUGUGCAUUUGAAACUGAUUUAACCGAGAGCAAAA